CCGGAAGCUGCCACCUUGGCCGACACCACUACUCAGUGAACGCGUAGCGGCGUGCUCAUCAAGCCAAGCCCCAAGCUGAGUGCCAAGUGAAAAAGAAUAGCAAGAACCGGAGCUCCACAAGCAGCACCAUUCAAUGGCCUAAAAGAGUUCGUAAGGUAUUUGAGAGCGUUGACUGGUGCCGUGAGGUGGGGCGCGCUAACGUCACACUUUUAUAACCAAGGACAACCCCAAUUCAAUCCAAGAUGGAGAUCGCCUCGCUGCCCCAGGAGUUGCUGCUGCACGUGCUGAGCUUCCUGCCCGCCAGGGACUUGCUGCGGUGCAGGGCCACGUGCCGUCGGUGGAGGGACCUGGCGGUGCAUCCGGCCCUCUGGCGCCACAAGAAUCUUGACGCUGAUUCAGAGAGGGACUGCGAACUGGUCGCGGCUGCCAUGCGGCUGGUUCCCUGCCUGCACAAGUUGUGGGUGGGCUUUCAUCCAACCUGCUGGGAGAGUCUCGGCGCCGUUCUUCCGUGGACAAACUGCGCGGUAUCCCACCUGCACUUAGGCAUCAAUCUUCGCGAUGCAGUGCUCGUUACCGCGGUGCUCGGAAGGCAGGCUGCCCUGGGGAAACUAAAACAUUUUUCUGUAUGUUCCUCUCAAGUCGUGAACAAAAAGUCUCUGAGCAAAGUUCAUCAGCUCCUGGAAUUUCUGCUUCACACUCAAGGAUUGGAAUCGAUUGAUAUAAGCAUUGGUGCUGACCCUGCUGACAUCAUGAAAGGGAAAUCCCCUCUUCUCAACGCAGCAAAAAGUGCCGCACCAGUACCAGCGUCCCUGCGGAAGCUGGUCUACUCUUCCAUGUUGAGGGACCCCUGUCUGCCCCGCUACCUCGAGUGGCAUGCAGCCACUUUGGAGGUGGUAGAACUGCAGGCGCACCAUCCCGGCGUAACACCGCUGCUCACCGCCUUGCCUCGCCUGCGCGAGUUACAGUGCACCUUGCUGGAGGACAUGCCGGCGCUGCUGCAGUGCCCCUCGCUGAAGAAGGUGCACCUCUUCGUCGAUGUGGGCUCGACGCUAGAGGCCUUCAUGCCCGGAGUGGCAGAGUACCUUCGCGCGGCCGUUUCGCGUCUGGAGGAGCUCGUCUUGGAGUACCCUGGCGAUGAGCAUCGCGGCGAAGCCACCAACUUGGUGUUAUGUCUGGCGGGCUCGCGACACGCCGCACAGACUCUGCGGAGCUUGACCCUCCAAAAUGAGGACAGUGAGGACGGGUACGCGUCGCUGGAAGCGGCGCUGCCCCCUCUGGCCGCCAUUCUCCACCGCCUGAAGGCCCUCGUGACCCUGCACGUCCCCACUAUGUCGAAUGAUCUCCUUGAUGCACUGGACGGCGACGCACUGCCCAACCUGGAGCAGCUGACCUUCAACACGCCAGAGCGUUGCCCCCACGAGUGGAUCCACGGCGAGCAAGUCAGGGCCGUCUUGCGGAGGUUCCCACGGCUGCACUUGUUCAUGAUCUCCGACCAUGAUGAAUUAUGUUGUCAAUAUUGUGAGGGGCACCUCUGCCAUGAAUUCUCGUCCAAACGCUGCACGCUGUUUAGCCACCCGGAGAAUGAAUGCUGUGGCGUGAAGCAUGUCGAGGAAGAAAUAUACAUCAGUUUAUAAAUUAUUGAUAAAAACUUUUUUAUACAUAUAUCUAUAAAGAGCAUUGCCACUACGUCGCUGCCUGUGCUGAGCUACCCUCGAUUUUCUUGUUCUGAGUGCCUUUAUGUUGACGCAAACAAUUUUGAUUCUGCGACUGGUUUUGUAUUUUCUUCAUGUCGUUGCUGAAAAAAGACUCUCAUCCUGUUCUCUAUUGAUCAUUUAACGUCCCAAACUUGUGUUAUAAAUCCACUGAGUUUUUAUCUUUGAAGGCUUUCAUUUCAUAAUACGUAAGUCUGUAGCGCUGCAAAGAUCUCGUAUUCAUCUGAUCCAGUUAUCAUUAUUAUUUUAUGGCAUGCUCUAGCAAAAGAGAUUUGUCUCUUUCUCCUGCCAAGCUGCGUUAGUUAGAAUGUUGUCACGUAUUGGAUAUUGAAUAACAACCAUCCCUGUGGAUGUCAACUGCUUGUGGAUCGAAAAUUUUAUCUAUUUGACUUUGUUCGACCUGCCCUGAGAAUAAAGGAGUCAUAAU